GGUGGCUACUUCCCUGAGAAUGUUAAAGCUAUGACCAGUCUGCGAUGGCUAAAGCUGAACCGCACAGAAAUCUGCUACCUGCCUGAAGAACUAGGGGCUCUGCAGAAGCUGGAGCACCUGUCUGUGAGCCACAACAACCUGACUACAUUGCAUGGGGAGCUGUCCAGUCUACCUUCACUUCGGGCCAUUGUAGCUCGGGCCAACAGCCUGAAGAACUCUGGAGUCCCCGAUGAUAUCUUCAAGCUGGAUGAUCUCUCGGUUCUGGACUUGAGUCAUAACCAGUUGACAGAAUGCCCACGGGAGCUGGAGAAUGCCAAGAACAUGCUGGUGCUCAACCUCAGCCAUAACAGCAUCGACUCCAUCCCCAACCAGCUGUUCAUCAACCUUACCGACUUGCUGUACCUGGACCUCAGUGAGAACCGCUUAGAGAGCCUUCCACCUCAAAUGCGCCGCCUCGUGCACCUUCAGACACUGGUGCUGAAUGGAAACCCGCUGCUGCAUGCACAGCUCCGGCAGCUCCCAGCCAUGAUGGCCCUACAGACCCUGCACCUGAGGAAUACUCAACGCACCCAGAGCAACCUCCCCACCAGCCUGGAGGGCCUGAGCAACCUUUCAGAUGUGGACCUGUCAUGCAACGACUUGACAAGGGUGCCAGAGUGUCUGUACACACUCCCCAACCUGCACCCCCCCAACCUCAGCAGCAACCAGAUUGCAGAGCUGUCCCUGUGCAUUGACCAGUGGGUUCACCUGGAGACCUUGAAUCUGUCUCGUAACCAGCUCACCUCCCUGCCUUCAGCCAUUUGCAAGCUGACCAAACUGAAGAAGCUGUACCUGAACUCCAACAAGCUGGACUUCGACGGGCUACCUUCUGGCAUUGGCAAGCUCAGCAGCCUGGAGGAAUUUAUGGCAGCUAACAACAACCUGGAGCUGAUUCCUGAGAGUCUCUGCAGGUGCCCAAAGCUGAAGAAACUCGUCCUGAACAAGAACCGGGUGGGGACCCUCCCAGAGGCCAUCCACUUCCUGACAGAGAUUGAGGUCCUGGACGUUCGAGAAAACCCCAGCCUGGUAAUGCCACCCAAGCCUGCUGACCGAACUGCCGAGUGGUACAACAUUGACUUCUCACUACAGAACCAGCUGAGGCUGGCUGGUGCCUCCCCUGCCACAGUGGCUGCUGCAGCGGCUGGGAGUGGGUCCAAGGACCCCUUGGCUCGAAAGAUGCGGCUACGGAGGCGCAAGGACUCAGCCCAGGAUGACCAGGCCAAGCAAGUUCUAAAGGGCAUGUCAGAUGUUGCCCAGGAGAAAAACAAAAAACAAGAGGAAAGCGUAGAUGCCCGAGGACCUGUGGGGAAGGUGAGGCGCUGGGACCAGGGCCUGGAAAAGCCUCGCCUUGACUACUCAGAGUUCUUCACGGAGGGUGUUUGACAAUGACAUCUCCUACAUCGAAGGCGGAACAGCCAGUGGCUUCUAUACUGUGGAAGAUACACACUAUGUCACCAGGAUGUACCGUGUAUAUGGGAAAAAGAACAUCAAGUUGGAGCCUGUGCCCCUCAAGGGGGCCUCACUGGAUCCAAGAUUUGUGUUCCUCCUGGACCGAGGACUGGACAUCUAUGUGUGGCGGGGGGGCCAGGCUACGCUGAGCAACACCACCAAGGCCAGGCUCUUUGCAGAGAAAAUUAACAAGAAUGAGCGGAAAGGGAAGGCAGAAAUCACACUCGUGGUGCAGGGCCAAGAGCCCCCAGAGUUCUGGGAGGUACUGGGGGGGGAGCCCUCUGAGAUCAAGAAGCAUGUGCCUGAUGACUUUUGGCCACCCCAGCCCAAGCUGUACAAGGUGGGCCUGGGCCUGGGCUACUUGGAGCUUCCCCAGAUCAACUACAAGCUGUCAGUGGAACAUAAAAAACGGCCCAAGGUGGAACUAAUGCCAGGAAUGAGACUGCUGCAGAGCCUGCUGGACACACGAUGUGUGUACAUCCUGGACUGCUGGUCUGAUGUAUUCAUCUGGCUUGGCCGCAAGUCCCCAAGACUAGUGCGUGCUGCUGCACUCAAACUAGGUCAGGAGCUGUGUGGGAUGCUGCACCGGCCACGCCAUGCAGUGGUCAGCCGCAGCCUGGAAGGCACCGAGGCUCAGGUGUUCAAGGCUAAGUUCAAAAAUUGGGACGAUGUGUUGACAGUAGACUACACUCGAAAUGCAGAGGCUGUGCUGCAGGGCCAGGGGCUCUCUGGGAAAGUAAAGCGUGACACUGAGAAGAAAGACCAGAUGAAGGCUGACCUCACUGCACUCUUCCUGCCACGGCCGCCACCAAUGGCACUGGCUGAGGCAGAGCAACUGAUGGAGGAAUGGAAUGAGGACCUGGAUGGCAUGGAAGGCUUCGUAUUGGAGGGCAGGAAGUUCACUCGACUGCCGGAGGAAGAGUUUGGCCACUUCUACACACAGGACUGCUAUGUCUUCCUCUGCAGGUACUGGGUGCCUGUGGAGUAUGAGGAGGAAGAGAAGACGGAAGUCAAGGAGGGGAAGGCCUCGGUCCAGGGCACAGAAGGGGAGGAAGCAGAAGCUGAGGCAGAGGAGAAGCAGCCAGAGGAAGAUUUUCAGUGCAUCGUUUACUUCUGGCAGGGCCGGGAGGCCUCUAACAUGGGCUGGCUCACCUUCACCUUCAGUCUUCAGAAGAAGUUUGAGAGCCUAUUCCCUGGCAAGCUGGAGGUAGUACGUAUGACACAGCAGCAGGAGAACCCCAAGUUCCUGUCCCAUUUCAAAAGAAAGUUCAUCAUCCACCGGGGCAAGAGGAAGGCGGGCAAGGGUACUCUUCAGCCGAGCCUCUAUCAGAUCCGCACCAAUGGCAGUGCCCUCUGCACCCGGUGCAUCCAGAUCAACACAGACUCCAGCCUUCUCAACUCUGAGUUCUGCUUCAUCCUCAAGGUCCCCUUUGAAAGUGAGGACAACCAAGGCAUUGUGUAUGCCUGGGUGGGCCGGGCAUCAGACCCUGAUGAAGCCAAGCUGGCAGAAGACAUCCUCAACAGCAUGUUUGAUGCUUCCUACAGCAAACAGGUCAUCAAUGAAGGUGAGGAGCCAGAGAACUUCUUCUGGGUAGGCAUUGGUGCACAGAAACCCUAUGAUGAUGAUGCAGAGUACAUGAAGCACACAAGGCUCUUCAGGUGUUCCAAUGAGAAGGGCUACUUCGCAGUGACUGAGAAAUGCUCUGACUUUUGCCAAGAUGACCUGGCAGAUGAUGACAUCAUGUUGCUAGACAAUGGCCAGGAAGUCUACAUGUGGGUUGGGACCCAGACAAGUCAAGUGGAGAUCAAACUGAGUCUGAAGGCCUGCCAGGUAUACAUCCAGCACACACGCUCUAAAGAACAUGAGCGGCCACGCCGCCUGCGCCUGGUCCGCAAAGGCAAUGAACAGCGGGCUUUUACCCGCUGCUUCCAUGCCUGGAGCACCUUCCGCCAAGCCCCAGCCUAAGCAGUUAUCUAUGACCUGAGACUCCAGUGAGGAAGAAGAGGCCUCCCAGCACAUGUUUCAGCUACCCACCACUCUUGCCCACAUCCUGCAAGCCCCACCAGCGUGUCCACAUGUGUGCAGCAGACGUAGUUUAAAAGAUAUUAAAUGCUUUUAUUUUCAAUAUUAAAAAAUCAGUACUUUUAA